GCAAGUUUAGGUGAUUGCAUAGACACUGCCAUUCCAGUUGGCCCUCGUGAGUAAUAAUGCUGGGUUAGAUGGUUCAGAAAAAGAUAACAGAUCCACAAAGAGAAAACAACGAACAGAUGCUGGCAAAAAUUAAGAAAAGAGAAGUAGCGUAAAAUUUUCAGGGCACAAUGAGAAGCAUUUCUCAUGCAUAUGUUACGCUGCCACAACAUGCUACCAACUGCACAAGUCUCUGUAAGCAGGACCGCCUCAAACAAGCUCUCUACAGUUUAGAACUAAAAACGAGCCAAAACAUUCCAGCAGACCACGAAACGUAUGCUUCCAUACUGCAAGUCUGCAGCAGCAACAAAUCAUUAGCAGAGGGGAAAUUGGUUCACGCCCACAUCAUUCAAACGGGUUUAUUCCCCAAUGUCUUUUUGGCAAAUACGCUGUUGAUCAUGUACACCAAAUGCGGCACUUUGAGUGAUGGUAGAAAAGUUCUGGACGAAAUGUCCUUUCGUAAUGUGAUCUCUUGGACUGCUUUGAUUUCAGCUUAUGCAAAGCAAGGACACAGUGAAGACGCAUUGAUGUUGUUUGAUGAAAUGAAAGAGACUCAAGUACAACCAAACCAGCAUACCUUCUUGGGUGUCCUUUCGGCUUGCGCCAAUUUGAGGGCGCUCAAGAUCGGUAGGGAUGUCCAUGAACAGAUAAAGAAUAUUGGGUUUCAACCAAAUGUGUUUUUGGGCGGCGCUCUUGUAGAUAUGUAUGUGAAAUGUGGAAGUAUCAAGGAUGCACGCGAUGUGUUUGACAAAAUGCCCGAUCGAGAUGUUGUCCUGUGGAAUUCUAUGAUCGCAGGAUAUGUGCAGGUUGGAGACUUUGAUGAGGCCCUGAAGAUGUUUGACAAAAUGCCCAUGCAAAAUGUGGUCUCAUGGACUACAAUGAUUGUGGGGUAUGGACAGUGUGGGAACAUGGAUGCAGCUCUGAAACUCUUUGAGAACAUGCUAGAUAGGAAUGUUGUCUCUUGGAAUGCAAUGGUUGCAGGAUAUGCUCAAAAUGGGAAGAUUAAGGAAGCAAUGGAUUUUUUUAAUAAGAUGCCCGAAAGGAAUGUGGUUUCUUGGACUAUAAUGAUUGCAGCAUACGCACAGAAUGGUCUUGUUAACGAGGCUGAAAAACUCUUCAAGCACAUGCCUGAACGAGAUGUGGUUUCAUGGAAUGCAAUGAUUGCAGGGUAUGCACAGAAUGGACAUAUUGAUAAAGCGUUGAAGCUUUUCAAAGAGAUGCCCGAAGGGAAUGUGGCUGCGUGGAACACAAUGAUUGCAGGAUACGCACAGAAUGGAUAUUACGAGGAAUCUCUGAAUCUCUUUCAACAAAUGCAACAGAAAAGAGUGAAAUCAAAUUCUGAGACAUUUGGUGGUGUCCUCCCAGCAUGUGCCAAUUUGGCAGCUAUGGAACGAGGGAAAGAAAUUCAUGAGUAUAUUAUUAGAAAUGGAUUACAAUCUGACAUUUUUGUUGGAAAUGCACUUAUGGACAUGUAUGCUAAGUGUGGGAGUUUAGUGGAUGCUUGUAAUUUAUUUGAAAGCAUGCCUAAGAGAGAUGCUGUUUCAUGGAGUACAAUGAUUGCAGGGUAUGGCAUGCAUGGGUUCGGCAGGAAGGCUAUUCAAUGUUUCGAACAAAUGCAGCAGUCAGGAGCAAAACCAGAUUGUGUCACCUUUGUCAAUAUUUUGUCUGCAUGCUGUCAUGCUGGCCUUGUUGACGAUGGAUGGCGAUAUUUCAAUUGCAUGAGUAAGGUUUAUAACUUUACACCCAUAAUGGAGCACUACUGCUGCAUGGUUGACCUUCUCUGCCGUUCCGGCCACCUGGAUGAAGCACAAGACUUUAUCAACAAAAUGCCAAUAAAACCUGAUGCUGCCGUGUGGUUGUCUAUGCUUGCUGCCAGUAGAAUACAGGGCAAAAUGGAUAUAGGAGAAUAUGCAGCAGAACGGCUUCUGGAGUUGCAACCAAGUUAUGCCACACCUUAUGUUCUGCUAUCAAACAUGUAUGCGGCAGGUGGAAAGUGGGAUAAAAUUGAAAAGGUACGAAAAUUAAUGAAAACACAGGGAGUGGAGAAAAAGCCUGGAUGUAGCUGGAUGGAGGUUAAUAAGCAGUUGUAUACAUUCCUAGUAGGAGACAGAUCACACCCACAAACACAUGAAAUUUAUGCAGAGUUGGAGAGAUUGUCUGGAGAAAUGAAAGAAGCGGGCUAUUUGCCUGACACGAGAUAUGCAUUGAAUGAUGUGGAAGAAGAACAAAAAGAAGGCAUUCUUUGUUACCAUAGCGAAAAAUUGGCUAUUGCAUUUGGACUACUCAACACUGCCCCUGGUACAGGCAUUCGGAUUGUUAAAAACCUUCGUGUGUGUGGUGAUUGUCACUCUGCCAUCAAGUUCAUCUCCAAGAUUGCUGCACGAGAGAUUACUGUAAGGGACAACCAUCGUUUCCAUCAUUUCAAAGAUGGACAAUGUUCAUGUGGAGAUUACUGGUGAUAGGUAAAAUGCAUAGGAACCAAAGGCACAUACUACCUUGAAGGUUAGUAAUUGGGACCUGUUGCAUUUGGAGACCCCAUGCAUCUGCAUUGGGUUGUUUAUACAAUGAUAUUAUCUCCAUCUGAAAUGAAUCAAAGUUUAGAGCACAGCUUACCCAGACAUUCAGAUGAGCGAUUGCAAAUAGGAUUAAACUAAUUACUAAUUAGUCUUCGAAUAUUAGGAAAUAUACUUUUGCUUUUAUCGUAGUCCCUUCGGCCUAGCUCUCAAACAGAUUUGUUGCAUUUAGUUUACUGUAUAUAUGUGAUAUGGAUGCAUUAUGGCGACUGAUGGGAGCUUGCCUCAUUCAGAGUUGGUUAUGUGAAAGAGAUGCUUGUCUUCAAAUCUCUGUACUUCAUAUGCAUGCAGUCAUCUCCAUCUGCAUCUGCAUCAAUUUUGGAUGCAUAUAUUCUACUUGAUCUCUCGUUGGUUAUGUGAACAUUCACAAAUAAUUGUAUGAUCACAAAAAAAUACAAAGAACAAUGUUUAAAACAAUAGGUUGCAGAGACUCUUCUUUCUGAUUCAUCAAUAGAAUUACACCGCUUAUUUGCAAUAGCAUAGGUUGCCUGUUGCAGUGGACUGCAUCAACCUCCUACUGCACCUCUCAAACCAAGCAUUCAUUAUUGUGACAUACAUUUUGUUGCCGCUAUCCUCCGUGGAUAAAUC